GAGACUCCAAAAGGCGCUUGCGAAAGCGGCGUUACUUAAAGAUUGGAGGUGGCAGGCCUUUGUAAUCUCGCCUGGUUUUUAUGAUGGAGCGAUCGCGGUGCUGCCUGCGCUGUUUUCAUAUUUUCGCCGUUUUUCUCGUCUUAGCUGCUGCUUCAGCGCAACAGACGGGGUCCGGUGGGAACGUGCCGGCUGAUGCCCGGUGCCGAGUGAGCGAAAGGCUGACGUGUGGUUACCCCGGUAUAGGCCGCACUGCCUGUGAAGCCAUAGACUGUUGUUUUGAUGGUCAGCAGUGUUAUUAUGGAAAUGCAGUGACUCUGCAGUGUACUGAGGAUGGCCACUUUCUGGUUGUGGUGGCUAAGUCUUCUGCAGCACUACACCUUACUUCGCCUGCUGUUUCCCAGCUGGGGGACGGAGCCCCAUCUUGCGGUCCUGUUGCCGUCACUGAUUCUUUUGAUGUGUACAACUUCCCGGUCACUGCAUGUGGGACCACACAAAAAGUGGAAGGGAACUAUGUGGUGUUCGAAAGCAGGCUGUUCCUCUUCUGCAGUGCUGGGAUGGGACUGCCGAAUUUGGCUAAAAACACUCUUUCCCAAGAGGUGAUCCUGCAGUGCAAGUACCUCACGUUGUCCACUGCUGAAGUCCCCAUGGUGCUGCAGCCCAUUGCAAUCGCUGCCCCGGGACCACUCAGGAUCGAGCUUAGGCUGGCGAAAGGGCAAUGCCACGCAUCAGGAUGUGAUGAAGGUGUUCAUCUCUAUUCAUCAUACUAUGGCCAAAGUGAUGGCCCUAUUACCAAGAUGUUAAGAGAUCCUGUGUAUGUUGAGGUUCGCAUUCUUGAGAGGACGGACCCCAACCUUGUUUUGCUUCUGGAGCGUUGCUGGGCAACCUUAGCCACUGAUCCUCUGAGCCUACCCCAGUGGCGCCUCCUGGUUGAUGGGUGUCCUGACCAGACUGACAAGUACCAGACCACACUGGUCCCAGUGGAUGGCUCCUCUGGGCUUCCAUUCCCAUCUCACUACAAAAGAUUUGCUGUCAAGAUGUUUGCUUUUGUUGACCAGAACUUUCACCCGCACCAAAUGCAGAAGGUCUUCUUCCACUGUAGCGUAGCGGUGUGUCACCUCUCUGCUGCUGAUAACUGUGAGCAGAGAUGCUUCCGGAAAGGUAGAGCUAUUGAUGCUGAUUGGAAGGACCGGCACCGUGAGAAGGCCACAGUCUCCAGUCAGGAAGUGAUUCUAACAACCCAUGACGCUCCUGGCCAAAGACUGCAGGCCAUUGGGUUUGGAUGGUGAGGGAGAGACUGUGGGGAACAGAGGGCCCCGGACAGGUGGUCGAGUCUGUCUUGGAGGUUAAGGGCAGCUGAGCAGAGCCUUGCUUAUCUCUGGCUCACCUUCUGGCGAUGUGAUUGGACCCUUCAAUAAAGGUGGCCAACCUUGA